AUUAUAAUUGGGAAGAACGGUAAGUUAUAACAGCUAAAUUUUGAGUUGCUUUGUGAUUCUGUUGACAUUUAUUUGAGUUCUAAUCAUUCUAAUUCACGCAACAUACAAUCGUUGGUAAUGCGUUUUCGCUUUCAUCGGCUUUAACUUUCUAAAUAAGAUCAUAAUGUCGGCUCACCGAUUUCGAUAUAAGAAUGCAGGCUUAGAUGCUCAGGAAUUACGUCGAAGAAGAGAAGAAGAAGGUGUUCAGUUAAGAAAGCAGAAACGAGAAAAUGAGCUCUACAAAAGGCGGAAUUUGAAUUCAACUGAGGAGAAUGGACAAGAUGGAGAAGUUUCUAGUUCUAUGAUGCAAGAUGAUUGUCCAAGUUCAACAACUCAGGUUGGUGUUACACCAGAAAUAGUAGCAGCUUUGUAUACUGAUGAUGUUCAGCAACAACUUUUUGCUACACAGAAAUUUAGGAAACUUCUUUCUCGAGAACCUAAUCCUCCCAUAGAUGAAGUUAUUCAAACUGGUAUUGUUCCAAAGUUUGUUGAAUUUUUACAGCGGGAUGACAAUUCAACACUUCAGUUUGAGGCAGCUUGGGCUUUAACUAAUAUAGCAUCUGGAACGUCAUUACAAACAAAAAUGGUUAUUGAAGCUGAUGCUGUGCCAAUCUUUAUUAGACUUUUGGAUUCAGAGUAUGAAGAUGUUCAAGAACAGUCUGUAUGGGCUUUAGGAAAUAUAGCUGGUGACAGUCCUGAAUGUAGAGAUUAUGUUCUAGAGCAAGGCAUUUUAAUACCUCUUCUACAAGUGCUAAGUAAAGCCACUAGAAUGUCUAUGACAAGAAAUGCUGUAUGGGCCUUAUCUAACUUAUGUAGAGGUAAAAAUCCUCCACCAAAAUUUGAACAGAUUUCUCCCUGUUUGCCUGUUCUGUCCCGACUUCUUUUUCACUGUGAUGCAGAUGUUCUAGCAGAUGCUUGUUGGGCUCUGUCGUAUAUAUCAGAUGGACCUAACGAUAAAAUACAAGCUGUGAUUGAUGCUGGUGUGUGCCGGCGUUUAGUAGAACUACUAAUGCACAAUAGUCAAAGUGUAGUGUCUGCAGCAUUAAGAGCUGUUGGAAAUAUUGUAACUGGUGAUGAUGUCCAGACGCAAGUUAUAUUAAAUUGUAAUGCUUUACCAUGCUUAUUACAACUUCUGUCUUCAUCGAAAGAAACUAUCAGAAAAGAAGCGUGUUGGACAAUUUCAAACAUCACAGCUGGAAACAGGCAACAGAUACAGGCUAUAAUUGAUGCAAAUAUUUUUCCUGUACUGAUUGAAAUUUUGAGUAAAGGAGAAUUUAAGACUAGAAAAGAAGCAGCAUGGGCUAUAACUAAUGCAACAUCUGGUGGAUCACCAGAGCAAGUUAGGUAUUUAGUAGAACAGAAUUGUAUACCACCUUUGUGUGAAUUAUUAACAGUUAUGGAUGCUAAAAUAAUCCAAGUUGCCCUGAAUGGUCUUGAAAAUAUUUUAAGACUGGGUGAGCAAGAUGCCAAAGCACAUGGAGGUCUAAAUCCAUAUGCUGUCAUGAUUGAAGGCUGCUAUGGUCUAGAUAAAAUCGAGUUCCUGCAAUCACAUGAAAACAUGGAAAUUUACCAGAAAGCUUUUGACAUGAUUGAACAUUAUUUUGGAUUGGAUGAAGAAGAUGCUCGCAUAGCUCCACAAGUUGAUCAAGGAAAUCAGCAAUUUCAAUUCAAUGCCCCCGAUCAGAAUAUGCCUAUGGGGGGUUAUAGUUUUUAAGCUGUUAUAAUUAUGUACUAAACUGUGGUAGGAAAACUUUGAAUAAAACCAUCCUAUGCAGAACUUAUCUUUUCUGGCUCUCCUAGGAGAAACUUGCAGAUGAGGUGAUCUCUGAAAAACAAAGUGCUCAUGCAUACAUUUGCUGUAGACCCUUCCCUUCCUGCAUGUGGAAAAGAAAGGAAAUAAAGUGGCUUUAUUUGUGCACCAUGAUGAUCUCUCUGAGUGAAGUAAACUGGCAGCGUUCCAAAACAAAUCAGUUUUCGGGUAAUGUGAAAAGCUUGCAUGUUGUACAAAUCUGUGGGUUUCUUUCAUGGUGGCUGCAUUUUACUAGCAUAUUUUACUGGUAUAGUAAAAUUUUGAAGUCAGUAUAAAAAUGUAAUAAGUAUGCCUGCUUUUCAAGUUUUAUAGUUCUUGUGUUAAAAAUAUUACAUGUUAUUAAUAAAUCCAUCAUUUAAAAUAAUUCAUAUUUAAUAAAUUAUUUUAAUGUAAAGGAAACUGAUGUUUUGCAUAUUGUUUGAAGUAAAACUAUCUGUAGCCAUUUGGAAUAUAAAUUUGAAGUGUACUGCAAUUUUUUAAAUUAAUUUUCUAAAGAAUUAUUGAAAUGUUUUCUUUAAAUAAAAAAUACAAAAUAUUAUUCUGUUGUUAAUAUUUCUCUUGCCACUUUAGUAAAAGUUUGACUUCUAUCGGUGGUUAGAAUUGCUCUUGGGGGGGAAAGGGUUUUAUAAUUUAUAAUAAAUUUCAUUUCCAUAUUGGUUUCAUGUUUACAGAAAACAAUUAAGGUCAGUAUUAUAGUUCUAAUUAAAAGUAGUUUUAAGUCUCUAAAUCUAUUAUCAAACUGAAAAGUUAGUAAAAAUAAUUUAAGAUGCACAUUAAUUAAAAGAUUGUUAUUAUUAAUCUUGUUUUUUGGAAUUAAUAUGUUAUUAAUAAUCUUGUCUUUGGAAUUAAUAUGGAUUAACAUUAAUGGAAAGAAGAAAAAAGCUGAUUAAUUUUCUUGAGACAAUCAUUGUAACUUGCAAUGUAGUAUAAAAGUUGCCUAUCGAUAAAAAGAUUAAAAAUGCACCCAUUGCAGGUUUCUUAUAGUACAAUCUUUUGUAUCGUUGUGUUUUGCUGUAAUUUCUUAAAAUAUUUAGUUUUAAAUUACAAAAAAUGAUGUGUCAUAAAAUUGUAUAUUUUUUAUUUUAUUUAAAUUACCUCCUAAUAAUUAUUUCCUUCAGAAUGCUCUACAUUUUUAGAUUUUGUUUUAAGGCCACUGCAGAUUUUAAUGAGCUAAUAUUUUUAUACGAUAAUUGUAACUAAUAAGUUUAUUAUUCUAAUUCCUUUGGUGUUAAUGGUUGAAUUGCAUUAUUUGCUGUAUAUUCAGUUCAUUUAUCAUUGAACAGUUAUGUCUGUAUCAAUUGAUAUAUGUUUUAAAUGUAUGUACUUUGUGAGAAGUUUAGAAUUAUUUCUGUAGUGUGUAUAUAAAUUGUGAUUAAGAUUUUGAAAGCACAAGAAAGGUAUUUUAAGAGGUUGAUUUGUAGGUAGAUUUAUUAUUAGCUUUGUAUUAUAAGGCAAAUAAAUUUAUAUUAAGAAAAGGGGGUAGAAUAUACAGCAAAUUCUUAUACCAUUUAAUUUUUUAUUUAAAUCUGAGACAUGCAGUUGCCUGUUUAGUUAUUAUAAGUAUUUUCCCCCCUCUGCUUAAUAACAGUAUCUGCAAGUUUCUGAAAAUGUCCUUUAUAGUCAUAUGUUUUAAGUAUAUUAUAUUGAGAAUUGAAUUAUUCUGGGAUACACUAUACAUACAAAUUAUAUAUUCCACAAGUUACACAGCAAUUACUUUAACAACUGAACAUUAUAUACAUUUUAUUUCUCUCUCCCUUUUCCUUUUAUUCUGUGGGAUGAAGUAGGUGGCUAAAUACUUCAUGAUUUUUUCCCUCUUGCAUGGAUGUUAUGCUACUUUUCUUGUAUUUCCCAUAUUAGCUUUUGUAUUCCAUUAAGCUUAUCUGAGAUUAGCAUUGUAUGAAUUGAUUCAUAUUAAAUAUUUCUUUGCUGCUUCCCUUGGCAUUAUAUGCAUUUGUGAUUGAUGUCAUUGUAUUAUAAUGCUGGCUUAAAAUUUUAUUAUUAAGAAGAGUUCUUAUUGUUAACUGAUUAAGCUAUAUUAUCUAUACAUUGUAACAGGAUUAGUGAAUUGUUUAAUUAUUUGUAUUUGAGUUGAAGUAUUCAUAAGUAACUGAUGCAUGCAAAUUAAACUUACCAGUAAUCUCUCUAAAAUCUGGCACCAUUCAAGAUGGAAAUAAUGCACAAAUUUGUAGUAGAAUAAUGCACAAGUUAUCAAACAUGAAGAAAGUUUGCAAAAAUAAGCAGUGUUGCCGUUCUUUAAAUAUUCUCAUGCUGGUUACUAAUCUUGAGUUUUGAUGUAGCUUUGAGAUGGAAUUAACCAGUUACACAUCUUUCUAAAAUGAAUUUUUUUUAAUAUAUUGAAAGUGAGAUACCCUGACUGUAGUAUGAUAUUAACUGUUUGAUUGCUACCCGGUGCAAAAGCGCUGCGUUCAUUUGUCUCGAAAACCACGACUCAGUGCUUUUGCGCUGCGAGUUACAGUGUGUCUUUUCAGUGCUCCGUGGGUGUGAACAUACAUAGUCUGACCUCACGUGUACUUUGUAAAACGAGUGCAUUCUAAAAUAACUAACUGCGUCGCGGUUUUCGAGACAAAUGAACACAGCGCUUUUGCGACGCGUAGCAGUCAAACUGUAGUACUAAAAAUGGAGCUUACACAAAACCUCAGAUAUUUCUUAUUCCAUCCGUUAUAGGCUGUGCCUUAUAUUAAAGCAGUAAAUAUAUUUAAUGCUUGGAAAAUUUUUCUAUUAUAUUAAUUAUUGUAGUCAUUGUACGUAUGUAUAAUUGUAUUAUUAAAGCAUUUUCACUGAAGCUAAUUUUCAAAGUUGUAUCAUCUUUAUCUCAUUUUUGUGUAUUGAAUUUUAGUAAGAAAAAUUUCAAUAUACAGAUUGAUACAUUUUGCAAUUUGUAUUUUUUGGCCAAUCAAAGUGCCAGAUUUUGUUGAGUCUGCUGUAUUGUAAUGCAAUGACAAAUAUCUGAAAGUUAUUUAAGUAUAUUGAAACUUUCAAUUAUGAUGAAAUUGGCAUUUUUUGUUAGUUACAAGUCAUAAAAAUAAAUUUAAAGGUUUCUAUAAUUUAAUGGGCAUUUAUAAGCAUUUUCUUGUUUUAUUUUCCUACAAAAACAUUUCUUCUAAAAGUGGCUUUUUAAAAAUCCUAAUUUUCAUGUACAAGUGCCAAGGAAAAGACGAGUUAAAAGAAGUGUAGCAAUAUAUUAUGUGCUUAUUUUUCUUUCAUGUUUAUCAAUUUUGAAUUAUGAUAAUUAUUUUUUGAUUAAAAUAUUUUGCAAAAGGAACUAAAUAUUAAGAAAAGAGACUUUUAUCAUAUUUUGCUUCGAAAACAAAUAUUUGUAGUUGAUUAUAUUGGUUCACUUUUGUGAUUUUUAUUUCAUUCAGACAGUUUUGCUCAGCAAUAUACACAAUCAAAAGUUUUUGUAUUUUAUAUUUACAUAAGUGGAUAACUUACUUUAUUUGCAAAAAUAUUUUAUUUCAUUUACUUAAUGUUUAUUUUUCUUCUACAAUCUACAUAGAAUAAUUUUGCACAAUAUUUGUCAGUUUUCUUAUCUCUCUUUUCCAUUUAUUUAUUCUGGUUUCGUUCUUCAUUUUUUUCUUUCUCUUUUUAUUGAUAUCAGAAAUUUCAAAUUGCCAAAUAUUUUCAGUCUUAAGAGGUAUUCUAUACUGCUUGUUACUUAAUCUGUUGUGUGAUUAAAUGUCAAAAUAUAUUCCCUGAAACCAUGUUAGCAAAAGAAAAUCUGUAUUUUAUUUAAAUUAAUCAAUUAAUACUCAUUAAAGUAAUUUUUUAUUGAUAUUAUUUUUAGCUGAUGCAACAAAUUAUAUCUUCAUACUUCAACAGAGUACCAGUGAGUGCCAUGGUAUUUUUAUUCUAGUCUUAAAUGUAAAACAGUGCCUUCACAUAAAAACAUUUAAAAAUUUGAGAACAUUUUUUGUAAAUGUAGUGUUAUGUAAUUGAGGUUCAUCAUUUAAAGCAAUUCAACUGUUAUAAAUGCUUCAGAAUUUUUUCAUUAACUAACUAUGAUUUUGUUUUGCAGCAUUUGCUAAGAUUUGGCAAAUACUGAAGGCACUGUAUUUGUUUUCUAUUAAUAAUAAUGAUAAUGUUGAUGCUGGUGCUUGUUUUGAUAUGAGUUAUCAGCUUAAAAAUAUUGGCUAAUUUGCAUAUACAAAGUUCUAUGCAUAAGUUGCAUAAAGUGCUUUGUACUCCUCAUUUUAAAAUAAAUAAUGUAGUGAAAUUGAAGAUGAAGGUGCAGAUGCUUCUGUAAUAGUGCAUAUAUAAUCAUCUACUAAUGCUCACCUUAUUAUGUUUGUCUCUUUUUAUCUUAAGUAUAUAUAUUUCUCUUAAUUUCACUUUUUAAAGAUAAAAUCUUGGUGUGUUAAAAACUAAUUUUUUAAAAAUAUUUCUAAAUGCUCUUCUUUGAGAAUACUAAUGUUGUCACAUUUUAUUGCAGAUGUUUUAUAAAGGCAUUGUUUGCGAAUGUAUUAAAUUUUUAUAUGGUUUAACUGUAAAUAAGAGAUACACAUCUCUUGAAACUUUUAUUUAACCUAAGAUUUAGACCAAAUGAUGAAUUCGAAUUAAAUUUAAAUAUAUAAGUAUUUAUUAUUUACUUUCAUUUUUUAUAGGAAUAGCAAUAUAACCUUUGCAGUGUUGUAGUUCACAUAAUCACUAAAGAAUUUUUUUUUUUUUUUUCUUUUUUAAACUUCUGUCAUUGGUGAGUUGCUGAUGAGCAUGAUUCUUUUCUUUGCUUAUCAAAGAGUAAAAAGAAAAGGAAUUUUUUUUAUUAAAAACAAUUCUGGUAAUCUCUUGAUAUAAUCAUUCUGAUAAUCUCUCAUGAUAUAUAUUUUUCUUAGCCCCCCUUUUUUUACUUUAAUUCUCUUAAAAGUAAAAUAUUUCGAACUAGAAAUGAUAUAAAAGAUAUAAAAUUUCUUCAGUUUUUAAAUAGAUUCCUUGCUUGGAUUUUGUAUAACAUCUAGUCAAAUCUUAUUUCUUAAGGAGAAGAAGUAAGAAAAUGUUAAAAGAGAAACUUGCAUUUUAAAAAGUUAAAUUUGUUAAAAGUGAGGUGUUGAAGCUAUAUUUGGGGAAAAAAAAUGAGAAUUUAAUUUUAAAAUUUGCUUUUGGUUUUAUUAAGUAAAUUUUUUUAUGUAUUGUAAUUUUUUCAUUUCAUUAAAUUUUUUUUGCUAUUAUUAUUAAAGUUAGUUUAAAUUUAUUUCCAGAAGUUUUAAUGAGCAGUUUAGGAAGCAUUUGCUAAUAAAAAUGAAAUUGUUUUCUUGUAUUGUAUCAAAAUUUCUUACUUUUAUGUAAUGGUUUGUACUUAGAUAUACCUGGCCUAACUUAAAGGUAUCAGAAAACCAGUCCCUCAGUACUUGUAUUUUAUUGUUUUGGCACAUGUUUGAGUAGCCUAAAUUGAUCUACAAAUAUGGAUUUUUAUAUUUAAUGCUAUAAAAAUAGGCAUUUUCAAUCAGCAUAUAUUUGUCUUAUUACAAUGUUUUUUAAAAAAAAUAGAAUGACAGUUAUUUUCACAUGGCUUUUUUGAAAUCUGAAUUUAUUUAGAUAUAUCUAGAAAUCGAUAAUAUAAAAAUUUGUUUCUUCUAAUAACACUGUUUGUGAAUUAAAAUUUAUAGAGUUAUGAGGAAAUCUCUUCUUCAAUUAUUCAUUUACAUUAUUGCUUUCUUAACAGAUAAAACUGAAUUAUUCAGGUAUCUUUUUUUUUAAGUGUGUAAGAUUUUAUCCUUUUUUAGAAUAAUUCUGAAUUUGUUAGAUUUUGCAGCCUCAAAUCUAAGUGCCAUUAUUUUAAAUAUGAGUACUGUGGUAUGGCUUUUAUAGACAGAAAAUUUUUUAUUUUAUUACUAAAUCAUGUACAUUUGUUAUUCUUUCAAUGUUAAUAGCUUUGUGUAAUUGCUCAGAAUUCAUUUGUUUUAGUCUGUAAUAUACUGAGAUAUUUUGGGGAUAGAUCAUGAUUAUGAAUUAUUUUCAUUUCUUGAAAUAAGAAAAAUUUGCUUCAAGCCAUCCUAUUUUUUCCCCCAUUGCUCCUGUUUCUUUGGUGCAAACACAAAUUGUCGCAUGACACAUACUUUAAUUGCAGAUCUUUGAGGCCUGCAAUACUUGUCCACAAGACAUAUGUACAUAAACAUUGUACACAAAACAUGUACAUAGUCCAACACUGUACACAAUGUAUAACACAAACAUGUGAAUUGUUUACUAAUGUAUUUCAGACAAAAAUGUUUGUUCAAUAAAUUCUGUGCUAAACAUGC